CGCUAGAUCAGCUCUUUUUCAUUUAUACAAAGGAACCGGCAAAAAGGAAACAAUCUUUUAAGGACAUUAAAAUCAGAAUCUUCAGCAGAACACCUCUCUCUGCCAACCUCAAUGAAACGAGGCAAAGAACUACUGAAAAGGAAUCGUGGCUUUGGUUGGAAUAAAAUCCUAGCGCUGGUGGUACAAGAUGAGUCGCUUUCUGGCUGUUCUGCGCAGUUGGCUCAUGAUGGUCUCAAUUAUCGCAGCAGGCAACACUCUGCAGAGCUUCAGGGACCACAGCUUCCUAAGUGACAAGCUAUACACAGGCAGACCAAGCCAGGUGAACGGUCUCCAAGCUCGGACAUUUGGAAUAUGGACCCUGCUUUCCUCAGUUAUCCGCUGUGUUUGUGCUAUAGAUAUUCACAACAAGACGCUUUACCACAUCACACUCUGGACCUUUGUUCUGGCUUUGGGACACUUCCUGUCUGAGGUUUGCAUCUAUCAUACGGCUGAGAUGACCAUUGGGGUGAUGGCUCCACUGAUGGUGUCUAGUUUCUCCAUCCUGGGAAUGCUCAUCGGAUUUCAGUAUCUAGAGGUUCUGCAAGAGCCGCCUGUCCCUCUGAACAAGAAAAGGAACUGAACCCUUCUGUAGUGGGGAUUGUUUCUGGAUAUCACAGCUUCUGCAGCUGGUCCGGUGUGGUGCUCUCUACACGUUCUCUUACCCUGAUAUCCUCCAUAAUUUGGCAGUAACCACUUUGGUUAAUAAAUAAUAAUUUUUACCUCCCCAUACUCCUUACACACAUUCCAGUGCAAAUUGUUAUUUGUUCACAAGUCUUUGGUGCCAACAUAUAAUACUGACUGAUGCUGUAGCACAUCCUCUCAAGCGUCCAGGAGCGGCGAUGGAACCUCGGUGGUGCUUGAAUUUGCCAAAGGUACAACCUGCACAAGACAAAUGGGGACAGUGUGCCAUUAACCUGUUGUCACACAGUGAUCUGCACCAAGCACCUACAAACCGUCUGAGUCACAUUGUGGGUAGUGAGGGAUGCACCUUGCAAUAAUGUAGGUCUCUAAAUACACAUUGUAUAAACUUUAUCAGCGUGUCUUAAACUCCCAUCUGUCUGGUGUACCAGAACAAAAACAUGUAAUCUAAUAAAACAUGUAAAAAAUC